GAGUCUUAGGAAUUUUUUUAUUUUAUACGCUGUUGCGUCCAUGAAAAUAUAGAUAUCAUAUAUCUUUAAUUUUGAAGAAACUCCCGGAAAAUAGUUUAAUAUUUAUACGAGAAAAAAGGAGUCAAGAAAAUUAUUGAAUUUAGAAAUGGGUGUUUGGGCAAUACGUUUCUUUCGGACGGCCUUGCCGUUGUUGGCUAUUUCAGUUGCACUUGUUUCAAUUUCUUUUACGAUAUUUGCCGGUGUAAGACGUAAUCCUUAUUUAGAUCAUAAUUACGUCUUUAAAAUUGAUGCAACGGAUUUCGCACAACAUGAAGGUGUUCCUCAUAAUGAAGGUUCUACGCCAGCAAAUAGUGUCGGAUUGACUAACUAUUACUACGUUUAUCUAUGGAACCACUGUGAAUCUAAUAGUGAUAUGAAGUUUGUUUAUUGUUCCAAGCCUAGAUUUGAUUAUUACUUCAAUUCAGUAAGAUUGUUGAAGGCUAGGCUUAAAAGAAAUGCCAGGGUUAUGAUUCCUUCUGGUUCUAGCUCUUAUCAUAAAAGGCUUCAAAUUACUAGUUACAGUGCACUUGCACUACUUGUUCUCGGAAUGAUUUUGUCAUUCUCGACAUUUGUUUUUGUAGUUAUAGUUACUUUGGCUGGAUCAACAGCAGUAUUUACUUCUGUUCUUUCUGGCGUUACGACACUUGUUCAGAUUUUAGGAUCAGGCCUCGUAACUGGUCAAUAUCUCGAAUUAAACUCCUUAAUUCGAGAUAAAGCAAGUUAUCUUAAAGUCAAGAGCGAGGAGGGUCUAAAGGGUUUUUUCUUUUUAUGGCUCUCGUGUGUGUUUAGCCUUGUUUCUUUUAUUAGUUUGUUAUUAGCAACACGUUUUAUUCGUAAGAAAAAAGAAACAACGGCAAAGCUUUAUCAUUAA